CAUUACGUGGACACUUCAUAAUUAAAUCAUCACAAUCUGGACACUGCUCAGAUUAGAACCCUAACCUAACCCAACCCUCUCUCUCUCUCUCUUCAAUUCAUGGACGCCGUCGACUCAACCCCAAAUCCCCCUCCCCUCCCUACCUACGAUCCAUCAGAGUAUCACAACCCGCCGCAACAUCAAUCGGAAACCGGGCAAAACGGUAACGGCACCAACCUCGGAAAACCAUCGGAGAACGGCAGUCAGGUCGCUGCCGACAACAACGGCUUGAAUCCUCAGAUUUCGAAGCCAUUGCUAUCCGAAGGAUUGACGCGGAGCGGCACCGACAGGGAUCAAUCCGGCGGCGAGGAGGAGACCACCAGCAAGCGCCGCCGCCGCAGUCGGUGGGACCCGCAGCCGGAAUCGAAUGAACAGAGCGGCGGCGAUUCGGGGACCGGACCGAAGAAGAGGAAGUCUCGUUGGGCCGAUGACGACCCUAAACCGGUGAUUCAGCUUCCUGAUUUCAUGGGCGGUAUUGAAUUCGAUCCCGAGAUUCAAGCUUUGAAUAGUAGGCUUCUUGAGAUUAGUCGAAUGUUACAGUCAGGUUUACCCUUAGAUGAUCGCCCUGAAGGUGCUCGUUCCCCUUCGCCUGAACCUAUAUAUGAUAACAUGGGCAUUAGAAUUAACACUAGGGAAUAUCGUGCGCGUGAGAGAUUGCAAAAGGAGAGGCAGGAAAUUAUAUCUCAGAUUAUAAAGAAGAAUCCUGCGUUUAAGCCACCUGUGGAUUAUAGGCCGCCCAAGCUUCAGAAGAAGCUUUAUAUACCGAUGAAGGAAUACCCUGGUUACAAUUUCAUUGGACUUAUUAUUGGUCCUCGAGGUAACACCCAGAAGCGGAUGGAGAAAGAAACCGGUGCUAAAAUUGUGAUUCGUGGUAAGGGAUCGGUGAAAGAGGGUAGGCUUCAGCAGAAGAGGGAUUUGAAACCUGACCCUUCGGAGAAUGAGGAUUUGCAUGUGUUAGUAGAGGCUGAGACGCCGGAGUCACUUGAGGCUGCUGCGGGUAUGGUGGAGAAGCUCUUGCAGCCUGUGGAUGAGGUAUUGAAUGAGCACAAGAGGCAACAGCUUAGGGAGCUUGCUGCGUUGAAUGGGACGAUCAGGGACGAGGAGUAUUGCAGGUUGUGUGGUGAGCCUGGUCAUCGCCAAUAUGCAUGUCCUACUAGGACUUCAACGUUUAAGAGUGAAGUUGUGUGUAAGCAUUGUGGGGAUGGUGGUCAUCCAAGCAUAGAUUGUCCGGUGAAGGGUGCGACUGGGAAGAAGAUGGAUGAUGAGUAUCAGAAUUUCCUUGCAGAGUUGGGAGGUUCGGUUCCUGAAUCUGCAACAAAGCAAACCAGUACAUUGGCAAUUGGUGCAGGCACUUCUGGAAGCAAUCCUCCUUGGGCUAACAAUUCUGGUACUGCAGGCAGUGCACCUCAAGCUGGCUUAGGGGCUGCUGCAAUUAAGAAGGAAAUUGAUGAUACGAAUUUGUACAUAGGGUACUUGCCGCCCACUCUUGAUGACGAUGGCCUGAUCCAAUUAUUUCAACAAUUUGGUGAGAUUGUUAUGGCAAAAGUUAUCAAGGAUCGAAUGUCGGGUUUAAGUAAAGGAUAUGGUUUUGUGAAGUAUGCUGAUAUUACAAUGGCAAACAAUGCAAUCUUGGCCAUGAACGGUUAUCGCCUUGAGGGUCGAACAAUUGCAGUGAGAGUUGCUGGUAAGCCUCCUCAGCCUGUUGUACCUCCUGGACCACCGGCAUCUGCUGUGCCAACUUAUCCUGUUCCAAGUCAGCCACUUGGUGCAUAUCCAUCCCAACAGUAUGCUGCCGGUGGCCCCAUUGGGACUGCUCCUCCUGGGAGUUACGGUGGUACCCCAGUGCCAUGGGGACCCCCUGUUCCUCCUCCAUAUGCUCCCUAUGCUCCUCCUCCACCUGGGUCAACUAUGUAUCCACCUAUGCAAGGUCAACCUAUGCCUCCUUAUGGGGUUCAAUAUCCCCCUCCUGUGCCGACUGGCCCUCCCGGUGCCCCAUCCCAGCCUGCAACUUCUAGUGAAGUGCAGCAGAGUUACCCUCCCGGAGUGCAGUCUGACAACAGUACCUCUACUCAGUCUAUACCAGCUAAUGUAUAUGGUAAUUCGGGACCUCCAAUGCCACCUCAACCUACAUAUCCUGCAUCUUAUGGAUAUCCACCUUACUAUAAUGCAGUUCCUCCGCCACCUCCCCCUUCUGCCCCCAUGCCUGUUUCAACUUCAGAUCAAUCCCACAACAUUGCAAAUGUGCCUUGGGCCAGUAAUUCUCUAGUCCCACCUCCUGCUUCAUCGGCAGACAAUCAAUCCCAGAGCAUUGGAAAUGUGCCUAGGGCCGCAAAUCCAUCAGUGCCUCCUCCUGCUUCAUCAGCUGAUUCAGAGUAUGAAAAGUUCAUGGCAGAGAUGAAAUGAUUUUGUUCAAUUUUGGUUCAGUGUUCCAAAAGGCCUGAUGUUUCUUGGAGCUCUUGUGAACCUGAUUUCUAACCUCUUGCCAUGUCUUUCUUCGAAGUUUGGGACUCACUUCUUUAACCUUGCUGUACUGUUAUGAAAUUUGCAGAGAUUCGGGCUAGAAGUUGGUAGCAGUCUUCAUACAGCAGAAGUCAAAAGCAUAUUAUAGUUAUGAUUAUUAUUAAUCAUUUCUUGUCGUGUAGGACUUAAUACUGUCUGAAUUAUUUUCUGUGGCAUUUUAUUGAUUUACACAGUAAUGUCUGGUUGCUAAUGUUUCCUUUGGAAGUUUGUUUGAACUUUAUGGCAGCUGGUUCCUGGUGUUUCAUGUUGAUACUUUUCUGUUGUCACAGUUGUUUUAGACUUUUACUUCAUUCACUGAUUCUAACUUAUUUAUAGUUUUGGUGAUGAGCUUAAUAUUUUUUUUGUUUGAGGACUCUAGUUCUCUUAAUCACUUGGUGCUGAAGCUGCGUUUUAGAUGCGUUUAAUCAUACAUCUCUCAUCAUAAAGGUAAUCAAACCUUGCCAUUUGUUUUAGGCAUUCUGGGUUGGUAGAAGAGAUUAUUUUUUUAAAAUGGUUUGAUCAUGCAACUAUAAAAUGUAUUUGACAGUUCAGUGUGACAGGUAAAUGAGUUGAAACGUUUUUCUGUUCCUGGCAUGAUAAAUGUCCGACUUUGGUGGCAUUUGUACAUUUUGCCUGAAAUUAAAAGUUUAGCUAACAUGGUGUUAUGAACACCAAGUUCUUGUAUCAUGAUACAGGCAAUUAUCAAGUUUCUCAUUUGUUUCUGAAGUGAUCAUGUGGUCCAGUUGACAUGGCCAAUGUUAUUUGGCAUAAGGUGAAGGCUGAGGUGAAAAUGAUAGUGUUUGAGUGGUCUGCUCAUGCUUCGUUUAGCUCUGUUGCUGGGCGAAGAUAGAGUAAAUGAUCAAAGAAUUGGAGUUGUAGAAAAUUUCUAUAUUUUCCUGCUUCAUAUCUGCCUUUUUGAAUUAAUACAGCUUUGUAUUGUUGUGACUAGGGAUAUAUAAAGUUUUAUAAUUCAACCAUGCAAUAUUAGGUCAUGGUUAUCAAACCCCCACUGGUGUGCUUGGUUUUUUUUCUGGCUCCGUCUGCCAAAAAGUAGUAUGCCCUUUGUUUAAGUACUUCAAGAUGUGAAGAAUUUGAAAGUAUAUGUUGUUUUUUUCAUGGUUUGAUAA